AUCCCAUAUACGAUGUGCCCGGAACCGGAAUAAGCCCGAUACGAGUUCUGUGGUAGACGGACUUUGCGUUUGUGUAAGGAAUUACAUCUGAAAAAUAUCUGCGAUGAGAGUGUUUUAAAUUCUCCUAAACGAUAUUAGACAAAUCGUUUGAGAAAUGGACAAGGAGAGAAGACACAGAAAGCUGGAGUCCCCUCCUUCACUGAAGGAAACAAAGACGAAAAUUAAACAGGAGAGGCUGAGCCCCGUCAGGCCUAAAAGACCUCGCCGCUCGAGUUCGGCGUCAGAUCGCAGCAGCGCAAGCCCACCCCCGCACAGGAGAAGAGCCAGCAGGUCACCGCCCAGAGGAAGAGACAAGUCCCCAGUGAGACGGGGCAGCAGGUCUCCUAGGAAGAGAAGGAGCACAAGUCCUCCCUGUAAUGAUGUAAGAAUAAAGCAGGAGCGAGAUGACCGCCGUGGGAAGGAGGAGCGGAGGCACAGAGAUCGCUCAGAGGCGUCUGACGACAUGCGGGGCAGAGAUGCGGGAAGGGUCCGACACAGAGACAGGGUGCCUGAGCGGGACAGGAGGAUGGGGGAGCGGGGCCGGGACAGAGACGCCCAGGUUUUCCAGCAGCAGCAGGCCGAAAGGGAGCGCCACGAAGAAAGGAGGAGGGAGAAUCGGCAGAGAGACGAAGAUCGCAUGGACUCGGAGGACGCGGGCUUCGGUCAAGAGGAAAAUAACGAUGACAACCCCGUCCAGAAGGAGCAGCCCAAUUUCGAACUGUCCGGAGCCUUGGUGGAAGAUACCAAUACGUUCCGGGGGGUGGUGAUUAAAUACAACGAGCCCCCCGAGGCUCGAAUUCCAAAGAGAAGGUGGCGGCUCUACCCUUUCAAAAAUGACGAGCCCCUGCCAGUCAUGUACAUUCAUCGCCAGAGUGCCUAUCUCUUAGGCAGACAAAGAAAGAUCGCAGACAUUCCCAUCGAUCACCCUUCUUGUUCGAAGCAGCAUGCAGUGUUCCAGUACAGACUUGUGGAAUUUACCCGUUCUGAUGGCACAACAGGCAGAAGAGUCAAACCCUACAUUAUCGACCUGGGAUCGGGAAAUGGUACCUAUCUGAACAAUCAGCGCAUCGAACCCCAGCGCUACUACGAACUGAAGGAAAAGGAUGUGCUGAAAUUCGGAUUUAGCAGUAGGGAGUAUGUCCUGUUACAUGAAUCUUCUGACACGACAGAAGUGGAGGAGAAACAGGACGACGACGAUGAGGGACUUGAUGAAUGAGUUUAGUGCAGAAAAAGAUAAGGACAAAGUCUUUCAUUCAUUGUACCAAGAGGGCGUAAAACGUCUGAAUCUCAGGUUGUUUAUAAUAGUGCUUUAGUAUUUCACACCUGACCAACAUAUGCCUGCCACUUCAUUCAAAUCAAAAGAGCAUUAUGCCAGUAAUUGUGCAAAGAGUAACAUAUUUUUCUAAACAGAACACUUGGAUCUGUAUCAAUGGGAAGAGGCUCAUUUCUUCAGUGGUAACGGAAACACACUGGAGAUAUUGAAUGUCUCUCUGCUUUCAUGUGUACCUGAGGAGACCUGACAAGUAGUGAAAGAGAAGGAUAACUUAUGUUAAAGAAAAUCUCAAGGCUUUGUGUAUAAGGUUUGAUAUCUGGAAUCCUGCGAGUUUAAUCUGGUAUUCAUUUUUUAAAUGUCUAUCAGCUGCAAGUGUUUUAUUUUGAGAGUGUACAUUACAUGAUAUAGAAAGAGUGGGGGGGGGGAGGCAGGAAAAUCUGUAACAGGAAUUUGAUGCUGCCUGUAUUUGACAUAUUUGGUUUUCUGUAAUUGAGGGGAAAUGUUUUAUACCAUUGAAAAGACCUUCAGUGUAACAGUUAUAUUUUAGUUUUUUAAAAUGUUUUGUAAUGUAAAUAAAUCCAUUAGAAAACCUC